AUGCAUCUCCCCACCGUUCUCUCCGUCGUCUUCGCCGCGGCCGGCGUCACCGCCCAGCUCAACGACCUCGCCGUUGCUGCUGGUCUCAAGUACUUCGGUACCUGCGGCUCCGAGGGCAACAUCAACUCGGACACCACCUACCGCAACAUCCUCAACAACAAGAGCGAGUUCGGUCAGCUCGUUCCCGAGAACGGCCAGAAGUGGGAUGCCACCGAGCCCAGCCGCGGACAGUUCACUUACUCCUCGGGAGAUAUCGUUGCUGGAGUUGCCAAGCAGAAUGGACAGCUUCUCAGGUGCCACACUUUGGUUUGGUACAGCCAGUUGCCUUCUUGGGUCUCUGGCGGUUCCUGGAACCGUUCCACCCUUCAGUCCGUCAUCGAGACGCACAUCAACAACGUCAUGGGCCACUACAAAGGCCAGUGCUACGCCUGGGACGUCGUCAACGAGGCCGUCAACGAUGAUGGCACCUGGCGCCCUUCGGUAUUCUUGAGCACCUUCAACACGGAUUACUUCGCCAUUUCCUUCAGGGCCGCCAAGGCUGCUGACCCCAACACCAAGCUGUACUACAACGACUACAACCUCGAGUACAACCAAGCCAAGACCGAUCGGGCCGUCGAGCUCGUCAAGAUCGUCCAAGCCGCCGGCGCCCCCAUCGACGGCGUCGGUUUCCAAGGCCACUUGAUUGUCGGCAGCACGCCCUCGCGCUCGGCUCUUGCCACGACCCUCAAGCGUUUCACCGCUCUCGGCGUCGAAGUCGCCUACACAGAGCUCGACAUCCGGCACUCCUCGGUGCCAGCCUCAUCCUCCGCGCUCGUCACGCAAGGUAACGACUUCGCCAACGUGGUCGGUUCCUGCCUGGACGUCGCCGGCUGCGUCGGCGUCACCAUCUGGGGUUUCACCGACAAGUACUCGUGGAUCCCGCAGACCUUCCCCGGCCAGGGUGAUGCUCUUCUGUAUAACAGCAACUUCGGCAAGAAGCCCGCAUGGACCAGCGUCAGCUCCGUUUUGGCGGCCAAGGCCACCAACCCCCCUCCUGCGCAGACGACUACCCUUGCAACUAUCACUACUGCCCCUCCUGCGCAGACGACUACUACCUCUAGGCCUGCGGUGUCGACUACCUCUGCCGCUGCACCGGGCGGUGCGCAGCAGACGCGCUGGGGCCAGUGUGGUGGUAUUGGCUGGAGCGGACCGACUGCUUGCCAGAGCCCGUGGACUUGCCAGGUCUUGAACCCUUACUAUAGCCAGUGCUUGUAA